AUUAAAUAUGUAAAUCACAGAAGAAUAGCUCAUUUAAGAAGCAGCGAAGGCCAAAGAAAGAGCAUAUUGUCCAUAUUCAAACUUUAGAGUAGGAUGCUCUUUGUUGACCAAAAACAAUAAAUUAUACACAGGAUGUAAUGUUGAAAAUGCAAGUUAUGGUCUCUGUGUUUGUGCUGAGCGUGUAGCCAUUUGCAAAGCAGUAAGCGAAGGAGACCGCCAAAUCUCAACUAUUGUAGUUUCAUGGUAUAUCUACAUACUAAUAUUUAAGUGACACUGAUGAGCCCACAUUCCCUUGCGGUAUGUGUAGAUAAACAAUCAUAGAAGUAAUAAACAUCAAUUAUAAUAAUAGUUUUGCUAUCCUGGUAAUGAUAUUAAGAUUAUUGCUAUUGGAAAGGAUCAUUCUAAACCAAAAUAUUCAAAGGGCACCGAAGUUAUACCGUUUGCAUUUGUUCCUAAAGAUCUCAAUGUAGAUCCUUAAUUGGAAUAAAAAUGACAAAAUAUUUAAUAAGAAACAAUACAAAUCCACAUUCCAAUCAUGUUAUUUAAGUAAUGUUUUUACUAUCACGUUUGCUUCCUCAUCCAGUUAAACCCCAAAUAUCAAUAUAUUAUUCCCUAU